AUGCAUACGCCUGUCUCCAAGAUCGCAGCAUUAACAAUUUGUUGUUUGUUUGCAACCUUAACAUACGCCAACUCUCUUGAUGAGCCUGGAAACGCAACCGCAUGUGUGAUAAGUGGGAAUGAAACAUGUUGGAACGAUUUGAGACUGCCGAAGGACUUGGUGCCUCAAUCUUAUGAGAUUCUUAUUCAUCCUGAUCUUGAACGAUUUGAUUUUCGUGGCUGGUCGUGUGUGGAGGUGUUUGUCAAUACAAGCGUUAACUACAUUGUCAUGCAUACCAAAGAUCUCAAUAUCACCAUAAAUGAUAUACGCUAUAAAAUUUACUCAGAAAAGAUAGAAGUCGAGAGGCACUUUAUCAAUGGGGAACUGGAGCAAUUGUUCAUCAAACUGUCUUCUCAUCUCCUGAGACAUUCCGCCGUCCUUAUCAACGUAUCCUUCCAUGGAAUACUCAAUAAAAAAGAACAGGGAUUUUUUCGAAGUUCCUACAAAAUAAACAGUAUCCCCAGGUUUUUUGAAAUGUUAUGUCAAUAUCAAUAA